AUGCCAAGCACACAAGAAGACCCAGCACCGCCCAAGCUGUCCUCGCUCAGCCAGCUCAUCUCCGCCGCCUCAGCAUCCGAGAACCCGCUCGCCGCAACCACAAUCCAAAUCCUGCACAAUCUGCGACACCAGCACCUCUGGACAUCUCUCCAGAUCCAUGACCUCCCCGCACAUAUCAAUACACCAAAGGCUCCAGGAACAAUACCUCAUGGCUCUCCAUUAGACUCGACAACCCAAAAGAAUAACAACAUUCUCCCGACCUCCCUGAUCUCCGGCAUCCCCCCGCACCGCGUCUACACGCACCCGGACGAGCAGCUCUACAUGCUGGAAAAGGGUCUGCACGACGACGACCUGCGCCAAGAGCGGCUCUUUGUAAUCCCCACUGCACAGGGCCAGCCAUGGAGUCUGCACCGUAUGGCUGCGGUCUUCGACUCGCUCGCCGAGAUCAGAGUUACGGACGAUGGAGCCGAGUCGAGGACAGAACAAAGUGUGGAUCCCGACAAGGCGAGCAAAUUGGCGGAAUACUAUUACAAGAAGGAGCAAGUGCGCGCGACGGGGGAGUGGGGUGGGAAGAGGUUGCUGCUGGCCAUGGUGGAUAGAGGCUUGGGCGGCGAGGGAACUGUUGUGUACUAUGUUGUGCAGGAGGGUGAAGUCAAACCUCGACAGAACUAA